GGACGGAAGCGGCUCCGGCGGCGGCCCGGGGCGGGUCGGCGCCUUUGUGUGAGCCGAGCCGGGAUGGUGCGGGGCAGCGGCCGGAGCCCCUUGCCCUGCCAAUUGCUGGAUGCCAAACACCUCCUGCUCACGCAGCUGCUGAAUGCGUGAAGAAGAAGCUGACCAGGAGAGGGACUCUUAGGCAGCUGCUAAGAUGGGCAUGAGGAUCAAGCUGCACAGCACCAAUCACCCCAACAACCUGCUGAAGGAACUCAACAAGUGCAGGCUCUCCGAGACCAUGUGCGACGUCACCAUCCUGGUGGGCACCCGCUCCUUCGCUGCACACAAGGCUGUUCUGGCCUGUGCUGCUGGCUACUUCCAGAACCUCUUCCUGAACACGGGGCUGGAUGCUGCGAGGACCUACGUGGUGGAUUUCAUCACGCCAGCCAACUUCGAGAAGAUCCUCAGCUUCGUGUAUACCUCCGAGCUCUUCACAGACCUGAUCAAUGUGGGUGUCAUAUACGAGGUGGCGGAGAGGCUGGGCAUGGAGGAUCUGCUGAAGGCCUGUCACUCAACCUUCCCUGACUUGGAGAGCUCAGCCAUCACGAAGCAACCCUCCCUGUCCAUGAGCGAGGGGCGGUCGGGGCCUCUGAGCAGCACCUCGUCGGAGCAGAGCCAUUCUUUGGGUGAAAUCCGGAGCAGUGGGGAACAUUUUGGCCCUGAAAGGAAUUACAUCUUGCACGGGGAAGUGGCAGGCGGCUACAAAGAGGACGAGAGGACAACGGUGAGUGAAAGCAGCCAGACUCUUCCCCUGAUGCAUCCACAGCAGCCUCCCAAGACAGAACAGGAAUCGGAUCAAGGGCAGUUCGCUCUUGCCACGAGUAUGGUGACCCAGCCCAUGAACAUCGUUGUUCAGACCACUGCGAGCUCCUGCCAGCAGUAUAAAGUCCAGAGCAAUGGUGACUACAGCAAGGGCAGCUUCUUUACUGCCGAUCCCUCCCUGGAUGUCUCCACGGGGAGCAACUCGUGUCCCAGCAACAGCGACCACUCCAAAGAGCAGGGGUUUGGGCAGAUGGAUGAGCUUCAACUGGAGGAUUUGGCCGAGGACGAGCUGCAUUUCGAAGAUGCCAGCGAAGAGCUGGGCCCAUCAGAAGAAGUUAUUGAGCUGAGUGACGACAGUGAAGAGGAGCUGGCCUUUGAGAAUGACAGCAGGGAUAGCAAGGCCAUGCCCUGCCAAGUGUGCAAGAAGGUUCUGGAGCCCAACAUCCAGCUGAUCCGCCAGCACGCCAGAGACCACGUUGACCUGCUCACCGGGAACUGCAAGGUCUGUGAAACCCACUUCAAGGACCGGAACUCCAGGGUCACUCACGUCUUGUCCCACAUCGGCAUCUUCCUCUUCUCCUGUGACAUGUGCGAGACCAAGUUCUUCACCCAGUGGCAGCUGACCCUGCACCGACGAGAAGGGGUCUUUGACAACAACGUCAUCGUCCACCCCAGCGACCCGCUGCCGGGGAAGGUCACCAUGUUUGGGGCAGGACCUGGCUCGGAGCUGGCGUGUGCUGCUUGUGGGAAGCCUUUGGCCAAAGAUUUCCACACCGUCCGCAACCAUAUCCUGGAGCACGUGAACUUGAAAAGCCAAACGUGCAGCGUGUGUGACCAGAGGCACCUCAGCCUCUGCAGCCUGAUGUGGCACACCCUGUCCCACUUGGGCAUCUCGGUCUUCUCUUGCUCUGUUUGUGCCAACAGCUUUGUGGAUCGGCACCUCCUGGAGAAGCACUUGGCUGUUCACCAGAACAUGGAAGAGGCUCUUUUUCGGUGUCACUUCUGUGGCCAGAGCUUCAAGCUGGAAGCGGCGUAUCGCUACCACGUCAGCCAGCACAAGUGUGGGAGCAGCCUGGACAUCCGGCCCAGCUUUGGGGAGCGUCUCCAGCAGCAGAGCCUGCAGAAGAGGAAGCUGCCAGAGGAGUUCCUGAGUGAAGACUUGGCGCUGCCCAACCAGCCGGGCAACAGCAAAUACAGCUGCAAGGUGUGCGGGAAGAGGUUUGCCCACACCAGUGAGUUCAACUACCACCGGAGGAUCCACACUGGAGAGAAGCCCUACCAGUGCAAAGUGUGCCACAAGUUCUUCCGUGGUCGCUCCACCAUCAAGUGCCACCUGAGGACGCACUCGGGGGCCCUCAUGUACCGCUGUACUGUGUGUGGGCACUACAGCUCCACGCUCAACCUCAUGAGCAAGCACAUAGGCGUGCACAAAGGCAGCCUCCCCCCGGACUUCACCAUCGAACAGACUUUCAUGUACAUCAUCCAUUCCAAAGACGCGGAGAAGAACCCGGAUAGCUGAUGGCGUGAGGCAGGGCAGGGCCAGCGAAGGAGCAACUACUAAUGACAGAAGCUGUGGAGAAACUGGCACUGAUUUUAUUUCAUGGUCAGGAGAUGGAAUCCUCCUUUUCUGUUUUUGUUCUCUUGGUUUUUGGCCUUUUUAGAGUGGUGGCAUUGUC